ACCAAUGUUGGAGAGCUGGAGGCGGGACGGCCGCCUGCAGGAGGCACAUGAGGUCCCGGCUGAGAACAAGAGCUUGGCUCCUAUGGAAACAUCUGCACAAGUCAGAGGAAUGGAGCAGCUCCUGGCCGUGUCCCAUGGACAUGCCUGCCUCAUCGUGGCCAGCCUGCUGAUGGCCGUACUGUCCUUGCUGCUGAUCCGACACCUGGCGAAGCAGAGGAGACCCCGGGGGUCCCCCCCCGGACCCACACCGCUGCCCAUUUUUGGCAACAUCUGGUCUCUCGCGUCGGAGCCGCACGUGUAUCUGAAGAAGCAGAGUGAGAUCCACGGACCGAUCUUCAGCCUGGAUCUGGGCGGCAUCCCAGCCGUGGUGCUAAAUGGGUACGAUGCCAUCAAGGAAUGCCUUCUUCAUCAGAGCGAAGUCUUCGCAGACCGGCCUUCGCUGCCUCUCUUCAGGAAAAUGACCAAGAUGGGAGGACUUCUGAACAGCAGGUAUGGCAGGGGAUGGAUUGAACACCGUAAGCUAGCGGUGAACAGUUUCCGCUACUUCGGUACUGGACAGAAAUCGUUUGAGGGCAAGAUCUCGGAAGAGUGCAUGUUUUUCGUGGAUGCCAUUGACAAGUACAAAGGGAAGCCCUUCAACCCCAAACACCUAGUGACAAACGCUGUGUCCAACAUCACCAACCUCAUAGUCUUCGGGGAGCGCUUCACCUACGACGACCGGGACUUUCAGCAGAUGAUUAAGAUCUUCAGCGAGAACGUGGAGCUGGCGGCCAGCGGUUGGGCCUUCCUCUACAACGCUUUCCCCUGGAUGGAGAUCUUGCCCUUUGGUAAACACCAGAAGUUGUUCCGCAACGCCGCCGAGGUCUACGACUUCCUUCUGAGUCUCAUCAACAGAUUCACCCAGGGGCGAACUCGCCACUCCCCGCGGCACUACAUUGACGCCUACCACGAUGAAAUGGAGCAGAGUGCCGGAGACCCGGAGGCCUCCUUCUCCCUGGAGAACAUGAUCUUCUCGGUGGGCGAGCUCAUCAUCGCGGGCACUGAGACCACCACCAAUGCCAUUCACUGGGCCAUACUCUACAUGGCUCUCUACCCCAGCAUUCAAGACAAGGUGCAGAGGGAGAUUGACAGCGUGGUGGGCAGCUGCAGGCCGCCCUCUCUGGAUGACAAGCCUCGCAUGCCCUAUGUGGAGGCCGUGCUGCACGAGGUGCUGCGCUUCUGCAAUGUGGUUCCCCUGGGUAUCUUCCGUGCCACCUGCGAAGAUGCGUUGGUCAGGGGCUACUCCAUUCCCCGUGGGACCAUGGUCAUCACCAACCUGUACUCGGUACACUUUGACGAGAAGUACUGGGGCAACCCAACGGACUUCUCCCCAGAGAGGUUCCUGGACCGACACGGAAACUUCGUCCGCCGGGAGGCUUUCCUGCCAUUCUCAUUGGGCAAGAGGCACUGCCUUGGUGAGCAGUUGGCCCGAAUGGAGAUGUUCCUGUUCUUCACCACGCUGCUACAGAGGUUCCGUCUGCAGUUUCCCAACGACUUCGUCCCCAGCCUCACGCCCAGGCUUGGCAUGACGCUGCAGCCACGUCCUUACUGCAUCUGCGCAGUCAGGAGGCAGCAGUGAGGAAGAACUAGGGGCGGCCAAACCGCGGACAUCACAUCACGCUGUCUGCUGAUGGCCAGCGGGGCUGAACUCCGGAGCCCUUGAGGCGCCUGACUGCAUGCUUUUUUUUUUUUUUAAACUCAACAAUCUUUCUUGGUAACUCUUUUCCAGCAAAAGCCUGGCGCUCUGGUACAAAGUCACAGAAACCCAAGGCCGUACAAUGUAGAUCUUGCACAUCACGUAAAGAGAAAAAGCUAAAAGCAGCAGGAGUGAUAUGCGACGUAGCAGUCUGCGCACACGCACACACACGCACGCGCGCGCCUGAUGCUUUUCUCCGAAGGAGCUUAUACUCUUAAGCUACCUAUUAUUGAUCCAUUGAUGCAGCUGGGUCAUUUUUAAUGGGACAGUGCAGGGUGAGUAUUGCUCAAGGGCACUGCAGCAGGUGGUUGGAUCUGAACCCGCAAACUCAAGAGUCCGAAGGCAGCAGCCGUAAACGCUUCACCAGCCACUAACCGCUAGUCAGAAUUCGGUUUAUUAAGGUGCUCCGAAACACACCGUUCUCACAUGUUACAGGAAGCCAGAGGCAGGUGUGCACACGACUGACCAGAACCUACCU